AUGGAUAUGGACGUGGACGUGGUCAUGGACGUGGACAUGGACGUGGACGUGGACGUGGACAUGGACAUGGACGUGGACAUGGACGUGGACGUGGACAUGGACGUGGACAUGGACGUGGACGUGGACGUGGACAUGGACGUGGACGUGGACGUGGACGUGGACAUGGACGUGGACGUGGACGUGGAGGACAUGGACGUGGACAUGGACGUCGACGUGGACGUGGACGUGGACGUGGACGUGGACGUGGACGUGGACGUGGACGUGAACGUGGACAUGGACGUGGACGUGGACGUGGACGUGAACGUGGACACGGACGUGGACGUGGACGGUGAACGUGGACACGGACGUGGACGUGGACGUGGACGUGGACAUGGACACGGACGUGGACGUGGACGUGGACGUGGACAUGGACACGGACGUGGACGUGGACAUGGACAUGGACGUGGACGUGGACGUGGACGUGGACAUGGACGUGGACGUGGACGUGGACGUGGACGUGGACAUGGAUGUGGACGUGGACGUGGACGUGGACCUGGACGCGGACAUCGACGUGGACGUGGACUUGGACGUGGACAUGGACGUGGACAUGGACACGGACGUGGACGUGGACGUGGACAUGGACGUGGACGUGGACGUGGAGGACUUGGAAGUGGACAUAGACGUGGACGUGGACGUGGACGUGGACGUGGACAUGGACGUGGACGUGGACGUGGACGUGACGUGGACAUGGACAUGGACGUGGACGUGGACGUGGACAUGGACACGAACGUGGACGUGGACAUGGACAUGGACAUGGACGUGGAUGUGGACGUGGACAUGGACGUGGACGUGGACGUGGAGGAGGACAUGGACGUGGACAUGGACGUGGACGUGGACGUGGACGUGGACGUGGAUGUGGACGUGGACGUGGACGUGGAUGUGGACGCGGACAUCGACGUCGACGUGGACAUGGAGGUGGACGUGGACGUGGACGUGGACAUGGACGUGGACGUGGACGUAGACAUGGACGUGGACGUGGACGUGGAGGACUUGGAUGUGGACAUGGACGUGGACGUGGACGUGGACAUGGACGUGGACGUGGACAUGGACGUGGACGUGGACGUGGACAUGGACGUGGACGUGGACGUGGACGUGGACGUGGACAUGGACGUGGACGUGGAUGUGGACGUGGACAUGGCCGUGGACGUGGACGAGGACGUGGACGUGGACAUUGUCGGAGUGUGUGACCCUCACCAGCACUUGCUCUUCUUCCUGUUGUUCUUCUUCAACACUCCCUGCUCUGUGCUGCCCUACUUCAGUCACUCACAUGAACGUGAUCACUCCCUCACCCCACCGGUUCCUUCUUAG